GAGUACAAUGAAGGCUGCUCUGUUCUUUGUUGGUGCAUUGGUCGCAGUUGCGGUGGUGCACGGACGACCAGAAGAGUCGACCACUGCCACCAUCCAGGGUGAGGAACAGCCGUCCGCCACCAUCCCGGCUGUGAGAACAUUGGUGGCGGCGUCGUACGCGGAAGAAGACGACGAUACCAUUUGUGUCCAGGCAGACAGCAAAUUCUACUUGUAUGCCAAUUCACUGAAGCUGUAUUCUUGCUACCAACUACUACCGAAGGUUUAUGUGGUGAAACCCAAGAGUCUAUGUAAACCAGUCCUGUCAGACUGUCCCAAGAACUAGUAGUAUUGCAAGUGUGUCGGCUCAUCCUGUGGGUGCUGACUCGUCUGGGUUGAGUGAAGACGAGAUGGCUGUGCUGCUGACUGAAGACAUCAACAAUUUUCACAGAAAGCAAGAAAUUCCGAGAGUUUAGAACUUACCUCUUUCACUAGUAACAGAGACCGGUGAAAUCAACUUAUCUUCUUUUAUGAUACUUUCUGAUUGCUACCCGAUAUGUAAUAAAUCAGCUAUACAAUCAGGCUAGAAACUGAGUGGAAAAAUUAUUAUUUGAAACAUGGUUUUGCCUGGCCUUGGCCUUGUAAUAGUUUUAUUCUGACACAAUAAAACUGUACUUUCA